AUGAAUACUCUGAACCCACUCGCCGCCAAGCCUGCCGGCAGUCGCCCGCAGCUCAGCCGCCACCGUCAAUCUCUCUCCAGACGCAUAUAUCCUCUAUAUUCCCGACCACCAGCUCCGCCUCCGCCCUCACAUUUCCCUCGCUCCGCCGUGAGAGCCUCUGCUCACAACCCAAACCCUAGCCGCCCCAAAAAUCCCCAAAACCUAGCUACAAUUCCCGCGAUCCCGAAUUCGUUUCCCAUAAAGCACACGCUCAUCGCCGCCGCCACGAUUUUCCUCUCCGGCUUUCAUUUCCCACCCAGACCCGCCGUCGCCACUCCAAUUUCUCCGCCGCCGGCCGCAAUCGAAACCACCGUCAAAGACUCCGUCUUGAACGAGGAAAACAAGAAACCAGCCACAGAUCAGCCGUCCGCCGCCUCAGUCGAAACCACCGCCAAAGACUUCGAUUCGAACGAGGAAAACGAAAAACCUGCUGGAGAACAGCCACCCUCCGCCACAGUUGAAACCACCGCCAAAGACUCCGAUUCGAACGAGGAAAACGAAAAACCUGCCGGAGAACAGCCACCCUCCGCCACAGUUGAAACCACCGCCAAAGACUCCGAUUCAAACGAGGAAAACGAUUCCAACUACGUUGACGAGCUCAAGCGUUCGUUUGAGUUCAAACUCGAAACCAGAGACUUACCAGAAGCUGCUCUGAUUCUCGAGAAGCUUACGGAGCUCGAGCCGGACGAGAUCGGUUGGCGAAUGCUGAGGGCCGAUCUGUACACAAACACUGGGGAAUUCCAAUUAGCUCGUGAAAUUUAUCAUGACUUGCUCAACAAGAACCCUAGUUGCUUAGACGCCUGCCAAGGCCUGUGGAAUGUUGAUUUGCACGAAGAAUCUGAGGUGGAGUUGAAGAAAACAGAGGAAAGGGUCUUGGAAGCAAUCAGAUUAUCGGCGGAGAGCAACGGAAACCUUCCUUUGAGGGAUUUCAAGUUUCUGCUUGCCCAUAUUCGAGAGCUUGAGGGAAAAUACGAUGAGGCAUUGGAGUUAUAUCAUGAGCUAGAGAAGGAGGAGCCUGGUGAUUUUCGGAUAUAUUUGGCUCGAGGUUUUCUGUACUUUUUGCUGAAGAGGAAAGACGAAGCUAAGGUGAAUUUUGAGAAGUUCAGGGAAUUGGCUCCGGAGGGUAGCAUAGACAGACAGUAUCUUGGCAAUGGUAGUUUGAGUGAAUUAAUAAGUUCUACCGAUAAUGAGAAUGACUGA